AUGGAACAUCGAGCACCAUCCUCUUCUACCACUUAUAAAUGGAAGUAUGAUGUGUUCCUUAGUUUUCAUGGCGAUGAUACUCGCUCAGCAUUCAUCAGCCAUCUCCAUGAUUCUCUGUGUCGAGGAGGAUUUAGUGUCUUUAUUGAUUGUGAAAUCGGGAUCGGAGAAAAGAUCACGGAUGACCUUUUCAGAGCUAUAGAGGAAUCAAGAAUUGCCAUGGUAGUUUUCUCAGAGAACUACGCAGACUCAACAUUUUGCUUGAAAGAACUUGAAAAGAUACUGGAGUGCUUCAAGAAACAAAGCCUGUUGAUAUAUCCAGUGUUUUAUCAUGUGGAUCCAUCAGAACUACGACGUCCCAGAGGAAGCUAUGCAGCAGCAUUGGCUCGACAGGAGGAAAGAUUCAAGUACAAUCGGCACACGGUGGAAACAUGGAAGCGGAAUCUGUCUCAAGCUGCUGAAUUCAAAGGCUUUCAUCUCAAACCCAAGAUUUCAAAUGAACGAAAGUGUAUUAAAAAGAUCAUUAAGGAUGUUGCUGCUAGGAUAAAGCCGCCAGAGCGAAUUUGGGGAGCUGGUGGAAUAGGCAAAUCAACUAUUGCAAGAGCUGUAUAUAACUCCAUUGCUGAUAAUUUUGAAGGCUUAUGUUUUCUUUCUGAUGUGAGAAUGCAUUCUGAAAAUAUAAAUACUGGUUUGCCGCAUCUUCAAGAGACAUUAUUGCGUAAAUUAGUCAAGGGAAAAACAUUCAAAUUGGAUGAUUAUCAUGAAGGAAUACCAAUAAUAAAACGUAGGCUUAGCCAGAAGAAAAAGAUUCUUUUGAUUCUUGAUGAUGUUGACAAAUCACAACAAUUAGAAGCACUUGCUGGAAGUUGUGAUUGGUUUGGCUGUGGAAGUAGAAUCAUCAUCACCACUAGGGACAAGCAAUUAUUAGUAAACCAUAAUGAUGUUUCAGGCAUUUAUGAUGUUGAGGAAUUAAAUUACAAGGAAUCUCUUGAGUUGCUCAGUUGGCAUGCUUUUAAUAAAGAAGACGCGGAUUCCAAGUACAUGAAGGUUUGCAAGUGUGCAAUACAUUAUUCAUGUGGCUUUCCAUUAGCUUUAGAACUGAUUGGUUCUAGCUUGCAUGGUAAAGGAGUUGAUCAUUGGAAUUCUGCAUUGCGUCAAUUCAAAAGGACACCUCACGGACAAGUUUUUAAUGCCUUCAAAUUAAGCUAUGAUAGCUUAGAAAAACAAAACCAAGCAGACCCAAAACAAGUUUUCCUUGACUUGGCUUGUUUUUUCAAUGGUGAGAAAUUAGCACAUGUCAUUGAUAAGUUGCAAUGUUUUCAUGGAAACGAUGUAAAAUAUGCUAUUGAAGCAGUGCUGGUGGAUAAAUCCCUUAUAAAGAUUAAAGGGGAUUGUGUAACAAUGCAUGGCUUAAUAGAAGAUGCAGGCAAAGAGAUCGUUCAACAAGAAUCAUUAUAUGAGCCUGGUCAACGUAGCAGACUAUGGUUCUAUCAAGAUAUUCUUCAUGUCUUACAACAGGGCACAGGGACUAAUGAAGUUCAAGCCAUAAUUCUAGACUUACCUGAAGGGUUAGAAGUACAAUGGAGUGGAGAGGAAUUCAUGAAGAUGACAAGUCUCAAAAUGCUCGUGAUAAGAAAGAAGUUUCACAAUUUAACCAGUAUGAAUUUAAGCAAUUGUGAAUAUCUACAACAAACACCAGACCUAUCUGAAGCUCCCAAUUUAAGAGAAUUGCGGCUUGAUGAUUGCAAAGAUUUAACUACAAUUGAUGGUUCAGUUGGACGUUUGAAAAAAUUGACAGAAUUGAGUGCUAUGCGAUGUAAAAAGUUGGAGAAUUUGCCAUCUCAUCUCAAGUUGGAAUCUCUUAAACAUCUGAACCUCUUUGGUUGUUCAAGUCUUCAGAUAUUUCCAACAGUAGAGGUCGAGAUGAAAGAAAUUCAAACACUUGAUUUAGAUAUGACAGCAAUUACUGAAUUGCCAUCUUCAAUUUGCAAUCUUAUUGGACUUGAAACCUUAAAUAUGGACAGAUGUCCUAAUCUUAAGAAGCUACCAACUAGCAUUUGUACAUUACCAAACCUUUGGAAACUAACGGCAGAUUCUUGUAAAGAAAUGAGUCAUUUUGAGCAGUGUGCAGGAGGAAAUAAAGCAUGCUCAGAUUGCUCCACAAUGUCAUCGAAAAUGGAACAGCUUUUUUUCUCGAAUUGCAAUUUAUCAGAUGAAUCUCUUGCUUUCUGUCUUCCUCACUUCACUAAUAUGCAUAUUGGAAGGAUGCCGCCAAACUUGGAAAAAUUUAGUGCCGAAUGUUGCACAUCAUUGACUAAGUUAUCCAAAAGCGAAGUGUUGAAGCAGGCAUUCAACUUUCAAUAUGGGAGAAGACACUUUAUUUUUCCCGGAAGAAAACUUCCAAGAAGGCUUCAUUACUAUACUCAGGGAACUUUUGUCUCAUUUUGGGUUCGUAACGUGUUUCCAACGACUUUUCUAUGGAUUCUUGUGAAAGAUGACCAGGAUUAUGUCUGCAAUUGCAAAUUCUCAGUGCACAUCAAUGACUCCAGGAAGUCGGGUGCUAUUUCUUCCAUGCGGCUUUCUUUACAGUCAAAAAUAAAGACUAAUCACAUAUAUAUAUGUGAUCUGCAAAGCGUAUUUCACGAUACUGAACUCCCCCAUCGAGAUAAGUGGAAUCAAGUGAAGGUUUCCGCCAAGAGCACAAAAGAAAUUUAUUUCGGCGUUCAUGUAUCAAAUCUAUCAAGUAACUCAGAAAAUAUUCAACUCAUGGAUCCUAGAAGAUACAUAAUUGAUCACAACAGCUUGUUGCAAAAAAUACAAGAACAAGAAGAUUUGGAAGAAUUCGAGGAAGACAUGAAUUUGGAUUCAGCCUACUCAACAAAAUCUGCAGAAUCAACUGAGGACCCCAUGUAUUAUCACGAGAGAGAUAUUAUGAAGACGCUUCGACCUUAUUGGGAUGUAAAAUGUUUGAAAGUUGGUCGUCGUUCCUACGAGAACUUGGUUGAGUUGCACCAGAUUGACUGCAAAAACCGUGGGAGAAUUGCUCCCCUCGGGCAACUACCUUCUCUUAGGUCUUUAACUAUUGGAGGAUUACAAGCGUAG